AUGAAGACGGCCGUGAUCAAUGACUGCAUGCAACAGGCACUCGAAGAAAGAAUAUCUCAAGUUGCCAUGAAGGAUAAUCAGUUCGGUAAACUGACAUGUUGCACAUGGAUCUUAAAAGCGUUAUGGACUCCCAAAGAGGAGGGCCACACCAAGCCUACCAACGAGUUUCGGAUAGUCGAAGUAGAGACCUUGAAUCAGACCAAUGAAAGCUCACUUCGAGAGGACCCAGCUAAGAUGAGAACAGCAUCUUUGGCGACUGGAAAUGUGCUCGCAAACUUGCACUGGAGAGCUACAUCAAAUCUUGUAUCGAGAUUUUCCAAGGCCAUUGCCCCUCUUUGCAAGCCUCCGCAUAAUUCUGAAAAAGUUCUCAGUAAUAUAUGGGUCGAUUCAGAAGGCACAGUUGGAACGUUGUUUAUAACAGCCUUGACGUUCAAAGCCAGUACUGUUGCCACUGGGCAGCAAUAUGAAUUUGUUAUAUACCCACCAGGAACGGCAACAACCGAAGCUAUGUCAGUUUUUCAAAGCCUUGUUGCAUCCGAGCAACCAGGAAAAGACUUGACUUGCCAAGUUUGGAGACAUGCUUCUCUAUAUGUUUAUGAAAUAGAGACUGCUUCAAAGUGGAAUGAUCCUGUGGGUAUGAUGAUCAAACCAAGCAAUUUCAUUAUCCAUGAGGCAGAAGUGCGUGAGAAGAAAUCCUGCCUCAAAAGUGAAGUAGUCGUUUUAAAGGGCAAGGCAACACUCAUUUUAAUGAGUCGUUGGGAUGCCGAUGAAGAAAUUAAUUUACGAGCAAAAACUGGACUCGGGAAAAAAGAAAAAGCCAACAGAGGGAUAAAGGGCCAUCAGAUCAAUAUAGAUGUUGGUAUUACGGCAAACAUUGCGAAGUUCACCACGAAGAAUGGAUUGCAGCGGGGUAUUGGGCCGUCAAUCAUUGAUCGAACAGGUAAAUAUUCCCAAGAAUCACCCAAGCAAUGUGGUGAGACGCCUAGAGAAUCAUCAUCCUAUUGCUCGACCUGCUUGAACUUGUACCCAGAAGCAAUUCUCGAAGAGCACCUGAAUAAAAGACCUGUAUGGUGCCAGGCUCCUUGCUCUAUAUGCAGUGGGAAAUAUACUCAAAAGUCGGACAUUGCUAAGCAUGAACGACAUCGAAAGAACGAAAGAGUCGAUGUGGAAUUGAGCGGCACCAAAAAAAUAAAAACAUCCCCCCUUGACUUUUUAGUAGAAGUCGCAAAAAAGAAAAUCAAUGCCGAUCAGGUGACAAAAGUUGCGAAAGCAGAAUUACCACAAAAUUAUUUUGGUAAAUUGAGACAAAAACGCCACAGGAGAUCGACGCGGUUGAAUGGCCAAGAAGGCAUAGCUCUUGAGGUGGAAGAUAACAUGCCCCUCGAAGUGAAGAGCAACAGCUCUCAUAAGACGAAGUGCGAUGUUCCUCUUGAAGUGGAAACAGGGGAUAUCUGCGACGCCUCUACAGUUCAUGAAACUGAAAUAAGACCAGCGAUACCCAAGUCUUCAAGUUGUGAGAAGUGUGGGGCGAUGUUCGCAUCUAGUGAGGGCGUUAUCAAACACAAAAGAUUGAAAAUUUGUAAGGCGUGCCCUAAGUGUGGAAAUUGGUUUGGCCGCAAGCAAUUACUCAGACAUAGUUGCAACCAACAAAAAAUCACAAAUCCAGACAUCGACAAAAUGGCCCUUACUGUGCCCCAUGGGCUUGGUGGGGAUGAGAUAUCUGCUGCAACCACGCAAGCUAGUCCUAAAUCGUUAGGUGAUUCAGAAAAGGAGAGCCUGGAAAUAUCCAAUGACGAUUGCCACAAGUUACAAGCGGAUGCAAUCUGUAGUCAAACAAGCUCUCUUCUCUCUGAGUUUGAAAAGUCUCCUGUCCUUGCAAUAACUCCGGUACAAAAUCCACUAAAGCGUCCAGAGCUCCGUAGAGACCAAGAAGCAACGCCGCAGGCACAGGGAGAUGGUUUUGGUUUUGGAGAAACUGAAGACAUGCGGCCAAUUAAAUUGCGUCGAUUGAAUGACACGCAAGAAGCGGCUACAAUGACAAAUCUCCCAAGUUUCUCUGACCAGAAAACACUCGAAUUCAAUGGUCAUGUACAAGCACCAAUUCCUUCUCAAUCUACCACUUUCGAGUUUGAGAAAUGGCAGACUGUUGCUCCCAUAGAAUCCAAUGAGCGGGGAUCGGGAAUGGAUUUUAAGAUUCUCAACUUUGACAACUCUGCAGGUCCUCGGAAUGCCUGGGAUUCGGAAAGCAAUUAUAUUGCCUUCGAUUCUCAACACGAUAGUUUCUUGGGCACAUUGGGAGAUUGCCAAAAUCCUUUCAGCGUCCCUCAGGACUUCCACAAUGAAAAUCUUGUGCCUUCCUCAAGGUCAGCAAUGUAUGUGAACGGAUCUCGACCUCUCAAUUUUUCUGCCCAGCCCCUUUCCUACGAAGAUCAUCAUACCGUAGCGAGAAGGCAACCCCAAGAAUCAACACACCCGGUGGAAUACCAUGUGACAAGGGAGAGAGAUUUCGGUAAUCCCCAGCGAAAAUCCGGUAACGUCAUCGCCGACCUUUUAAAUGCCGAGGGGAUCAGCUAUAAUUAUUGA